AUGUCUGACGAAGUGCCAGCGAUCAAAGCUCCUAGAAACAAACGGUUCAUCAAGAAGCCUGACGUUAAAGCAAGAAAUGCCAAGCUUGCUGAGCUCAACAAGGAGUUGGACAAAUACAACAAAGAGAUUGCUGACUUGAACAAGCAGAUCGAGAUCACUGUGACUCCGAAAGAUGUUUUGGAAGAGAGAAAGAGGUUGACAUCUGAGCUCAACACGAUCAUCAAGCAGCAGAGUGAGAUUAAGAACAAAAGAAACUUGCUGAACGAGCAGAUCAGGGCUAUUGAUGGCCAAAUGAAGAAAAAAAUUGGUGAUUUGCAGGCCCAAAACUCCAAGAACAGCUUCAAGAAUGUCGAGGAAAUUGACAGAAAAAUCAACCAAUUGGAAGAUCUCAUUGGUUCUGGUACUUUGAAGCUUGUUGAUGAGAGAAGAUACGUCAAGGAGAUCACCUCUUUGAGAAAGCUGAAAAAGGAUUUUGGUUCUAUUGAGCAACUGCAGAAGUCCAUUGAUAAUGACAAGCUCAAGAUCCAAGAGCUGAAGAAAAAGCAAUCUUCUGUUUCCAACAAGGAAAUCCAAGCGAAGUUCGAAGAGGUUACCAAAAGCUUGGAUUCAUUGAGCUUGAAGAACAAGGGUGUUCAGGACAAGAGACAGUCAUUGUUCGACAAGAGAAAAGCUCUGUACUCAAUGAAAGAUGGAAUCUACGCCGAGAUCAACAAGGUGAGAUCGGAAUUUGAUGCCCAGCACAAGAAAUUCGUUGCUGACAUGGAGGCUGAGCGUAAAAGAAGAGAAGAAGAGGAGAGGAUUUACAACUUGACCUUGAAAAAGCAAGAUUUGCAAGCUGAAAUUGAGCUUUUGAAGGAAACUUCAAGGAGACCUGCUUUUAGUCGCGAGAUCACUUUGGUUGAGACUUUGCUUGGCCACUUCGAUCCUACCUAUGUUAGGACUGACAAGGAGCCACUGGAAGAAUCAAAAGCUCCUUCAAACAUUACUUCUACUGGUCGUAAGAUUGAAAUGCCUGCGGAUGCUGUCAUCAUUAAGAAGGAACAGGAAAACUUUUUUGCCGGUAACAAGGCCAAGAAAGGAAAAAAGACACAGAAGAAACAAUCUUCCAAGUUUGUCAUCGAGCCUGAUGUCAUUGCUCAAUUGUCGGAGCUGUCCAUCGCGUUGCCUUCGAAAUCUGACGAGAUUCCAAAUACGAUUAGCAGCUUGAAGGCCAAGCUGGAGGAGUUUAACUCGAAGCAAGAGGAGCAGACUAAGGAGAACAUUGCCAAGGCUGACAAAAAGGCAGCCAAGCUUGAAGCAGAGAUUGCUAAGAUUGAUGCAGAGAUCGAGGAGGAGGCAAAAACCAAGGUUGUGAAAGCAACUGAGGAGGCCGAAUAA